AUGGCUGCGGACCUGAAGUCCCUCCCUGCGACAGGCAUGCGAUUGGAUGGUGUGUCUUGUGGGCCUGCCAAUGAGUGGAUUGAGGCGGGACAAAGGAAUGUCCAUCACGUGCCAGGGAGAGACCCGAUUGGGCUGGAGGGAAACGCCCACAGGAAGCAGCCGACGUGUGCUGCUGACGAGCAGGUAAGCUCACUGUUGGCUGUCUUCCUGUCCUUGCCGGUGGCCCUGCGUGAGCCAGUGGAGUGCCUUCGGCCCGUAGAGUCACCUUUAUUGCAGGUGCUGAGUGCUCUCCGUGCAGAGUUGCAGAAGCUGAAGGGAAAGGCGGUUGCGUCAUCACAGAUGCUGCGUGCUGCGGAGGAACGGCGCGAUACUGGAGCCUUUGGCCGGAGUAGUACGACGGGGAAGCAGGAACAUUUACCAGAUUUGAGGGAUGACUGCGCCUUUUGGAGGACAUCUCCUCUUCUUAAGGAGACUGAAAAAGGGAUGAAUUUCAACCUAAACAAAACUUCACAAACUGUCUACUACUGUUAUCCAUCUGUAAACAAUUCGUGUCGCAGGCAAGUUCUUCCUCUCCAAAGUCAUAUGUUGCUGUACACAGUACUCUGGGCAACGGUGGUCUUCACUGUUUUUGGAAACUUGUUGGUCAUCAUCACCAUCGCACAUUUUAAGCAGCUUCAUACACCAACCAAUUGUCUUGUUCUGUCUUUGGCAGUCACUGAUUUACUUGUAGGGGGAUUUGUGAUGCCACCCAUAACAGUUCAGCUUGUUGAAACUUGCUGGUAUUUAGGAGAUGCAUUCUAUCGCUAUUAUGCAAUAUGCUACCCUCUACGGUAUCAAGCUAAGAUUACUGUGUCUGUAACGCUUAACCUGAUCUUGUUUUCAUGGAUUCUGUCAGCUGUACUUGGAUAUGGAAUUGUGUACCUAGAAUUAAAUUUAAAAGGAAUUGAAGAAUUUUAUUACCAAAACGUUAAGUGUGCAGGAAGCUGUGUUUUAAUGCAAAAUGAAGCAUCAGGUUUGGUGUCAUCACUCUUCACUUUUUAUUUACCUGGAUUUGUUAUGAUUUGUAUUUAUCUGAAAAUAUUCAGUGUAGCACAAAGACAAGCCAGGUCAAUUACAGAUACAGUGCAGCAGAACCAGUCAGCCGAGGAAAAGCGAAAUGCAGCAUCAAGGACAAGAGAAAGAAAAGCUGCAAAAACAUUAGCUAUUGUUAUGGGGGUGUUUCUUUUAUGCUGGGCUCCUUUUUUUGUGUGUAAUAUCAUUAAUCCUGUUUUAAACCAUCCAGCUCCUCAGAUUCUAAUAGAAACCCUUGCCUUCUUUGGUUACAUGAACUCAACAUUUAAUCCACUUGUCUAUGGUUUCUUUUACAGCUGGUUUAGAAAAGCUCUUAAGUUAAUAGCAAAUGGAAAGAUCUUUCAGAAUGAUUCUUCCAGAACAAAACUCUAUAACGAUUAA